UUUCUUAUUUGCGUUUUUUUAGUCAUAUCAUAGAGAUAUUUUUGCGCUUUUUAAUAAUAAAUUUUUCAUUAUUAUUAAUAUAAUCUUAGAAAAAAUUUCUAAUUAAACAUGGAAUCUGAGGAUUCAAUAGUGUUUGACGACUUGAACAUUUCAGAGGAAAUUGUUGGAGACAGUGAUUGUGGUUUAGAUAGUUGUGAAAGUUUAAAGUAUGUUUCUAAAAUAAGUUCCUUACGCAUCCAAGACGUAAGUCUGCAUGAUGAAUAUAUAGAUUAUAAAAUGAAAGAAAAGUUUCCUGAAAGUGAGGGAGAGUUUUUAGAUUUUGUUUUGGAGAAGGUUUUCGAUGCUGAAUCUUUAAAGAUUCCUGCCAUAAAAAAAGUAGAUGACUUUAUUGGGGUCCAAAGAGUAGAUGACUGUAAUGCUGAGGGUUUUGUUAUGAAAGAGGUAGAAUACAAAGAGAAACUUACAGGAAAAAGGUUAUCAGAUAAUAAAAGACCAUCUAGACUCUGCAUAUUUUGUGGCCAAAUGAAACAAAAGCUAAGUAGACAUUUAAAAAAUAAGCAUGGAAAAGAGCCUCUGGUUGUUGAGGCUGUGAAUCAGCCAAAGUUAGUUAGUAAAAAACUCUUUGCUAAAAUAAGAAGAGAAGGAAUAUUAAUUUACAAUAAAAGUCAGUCUUCCACUGAUAAUCCUAUAUAUCAACGUGAAAAAAGUGGCACCAAAUAUAAAAAUUUAAUGCGAUGCAGUGCUUGCAACAGUUUCAUAAGCAAGAGGUUCUUCACCAGGCAUGCUCAAAAGUGUUCACUUAGUACAAUUAAUGCAGUUGAACCAAUUCCAGUUUCUACUGAAUCGUUAGAUAUCCCCAAGUCGCUAGAUCUUGACCCAGGUUUUGUAAGGAAUGUUUUAGGAAAAAUUAGAAAUGAUGAGAUUGGUAAACUAUGCUGCACUGACGAAAAUAUUGUAUACAUUGGUUCUAAGUUGUAUUGGAAACUUCACAAAAAAGAGGAUAAAGCGGCAGAAGUUUUUCGAUCUGUAAGGGGAGAUAUGCGGCGACUUGCGAAUUGCUAUAAUAUUUUUAAGCAGCUGGAUGGUAUACAUGCUUUAUAUUCCAACUCUCUAGAUAUGUUUAAUCGGAGUAAUUUUGAGCAACUUUCUGAGGCCAUAGAAUUGUAUACAAAAAGAGAAGAUUUGUCUCUUAAAGCAGGCUUAAAACAAAACUUGUAUUAUCUUAUCAAAAAAUCUGCAACUCUUGUGCAGUAUUCAUUUUACUCAAGGAAGAAAGAUGAUGAAGCUGCUGAGAUUUCCAAAUUUAUUCAAUCUUUUAAGGGUUGGCAGGAUUAUCUAUUUGGUGAUGCAACAUACCAUUUAAAUAAAAAACGACAAAUUAAUUUAAGAAAACCAUCAAGACUUCCACAAGAAGAUGAUUUACUUAUUGUUAAAAAUCACGUAAUAGAGCUAAUGAGUUCAAUCUGCAGUAAAUUUCAUUUUGAUGAUGAAAGCAGUUAUAAAAAGCUUAGAAAUGCUGCAUGUGCACGCAUAACUUUAUUAAAUGGCAGAAGAGGUGGUGAACCUGCUCGAAUUUUGUUAGCAGAUUGGUUGCAAGGAGAAAAUGAUGAAUGGAUUGAUAAACAAAGACUGAAAAAACUUGACAGUUUAGACCGCAUUUUAGUGAAGAGUAUGAAAGUUAUUUACAUGACUGGAGAAGGUAAUAACCAUCUAGUACCAGUAAUUAUUCCAGGAGACACGAUUCUUGCAAUGAAAAAACUUUCUAACGAAUCUUUCCGUAAAGUUGGUCGCGUUCUUGCAAGUAAUAAGUUUAUAUUUGCAAGCUCAAAAGGAUCUGAAAAUCAUGUUUCAGGGUGGCAUGUUGUGAACAAAAUUUGUUCAAAGUUAGUAUUAAAAUCACCAAAGGACAUAAUUGCCACCAAAAAUCGGCAUAGGAUUAGCACACUUUUUGCAUCUCUUGAUGUAGAAGAAAAAGAUAAAGAGUUAUUUUACUCCCAUAUGGGACACUCUGAAAAAAUGAAUCAAGACUUUUAUCAGGCUCCAUUGGCAUUAUUGGAAUUAACACGUGUUGGGAAGCAACUAAUGAAAAUUGAUGCUGGACAAUCUGAUGUGAUACAGGAUCUGCCUACAAAAGAAUCUUAUAAUGUUGUUGAUAAAGAAUCUGAUGAGAAAGUUGUUGAUAAAGAAUCUGAUGAGAAUAUUGUUAAGGAAAAUGACUCUCACACUUUAACUUUAAAAG